AUGCCAAACAGCGCUCUCCAUCUACUGGGAGGACCAAACUCGCAGCCUUAUGGUCUAGUACCCGUAACUGAAGAUUCCUCAACCUCCGAAGCAGAGAAAGUUCCUGCAUACACAACCACAAUACCAAUUGUUCCCGGCCUGAAAAAGAGUUCCUCACAAUCAUGGUGGGCUGCGCAGAUUGUCCUGACGCUAGCUAUUCCACUUGUCGCACUCAUCGCUUGGCUGGCAUGUGUCCGAGCCAAUCCGCGUAUCUUCGAUACUUUCGCGGGUGAGGAGAUUGGAGGCCGACUUAGCCAAGCACAAGCAAAAGCGAUUGAUGUAA